AUGUCAGGUAAAGGUGCUAAAGGACUUUCAGGAAAAGGACUUUCGGGGAAAGGGGCGAAAGGAACGAUGUCCGAUAAAAAGGGGGACAAGAAAAAACCAACUUCCCGGUCUGUAAAAGCUGGCCUACAAUUUCCAGUUGGACGUAUCCACCGUUUUCUCAAGAAUCGUGCUGCUUCUGGCGGCCGUGUAGGCGCAACUGCUGCAGUUUACUCAGCUGCCAUUUUAGAGUAUCUCACGGCAGAAGUUCUCGAACUUGCCGGGAAUGCUUCUAAAGAUUUGAAGGUCAAACGUAUCACCCCACGUCAUUUGCAGCUUGCAAUUCGUGGAGACGAGGAACUCGAUACCCUUAUCAAAGCUACAAUCGCGGGUGGUGGUGUCAUCCCACACAUUCACAAGUCACUAAUCAAUAAAUCUUCAAAGAAGAGUGAUUAG